AACCUUCCUCACCUUUAUUAUUACCUUCCCUGAACCUGAGCAGCUGAGCUGAUCGAGGAUACAUAAAACUUGAAAGAGAAGAGAAGAGAAAAACACUGUAUUUUCUCCUCUUCAUCUCAUAAUAUAUAUCCCUAUCAAAUUCUCUCGCCUACAUAUACAUAUAUAUAAACAUAUACAUAUCUCAGUUCUCAGCUAUAUAUAUAUAUAUAUAUAGUUAGAAUAACCACUAGCCCAGUCUCUUGUUCACAGCAGGCCACAACAAAAUCAUCAAUGGAGCACCUCUUGGGACUUCUCCGCAUCCAUGUCCACCGGGGUGUUAACCUUGCUGUUCGGGACGUCCUAAGCAGCGAUCCUCAUGUAGUCUUCCGAAUGGGCAAGCAGAAAGUCAGGACUCGGGUCGUGAAGCAGAACAUUAACCCCGAAUGGAACGAGCAACUAACCCUUUCCGUAGCCGACCCAAGGCAAGCAGUCAAAGUGUCAGUUUACGAUAAGGACACCUUCAGCUUAGAUGACAAAAUGGGGGAUGCAGAGUUCGAGAUCGGGCUGUUCUUGGAGGCCCUAAAGAUGCGGCCGGGUGGCCUCCCAAGCGGGACCAUAAUCACGAAGGUGCAGCCCAGUAGGCAGAACUGCCUCGCCGAGGAGAGCUGCAUCAUCUGGAAGGACGGCCAGGUGGCCCAGAACAUGAUCAUAAGGCUGCGAAACGUCAAGACAGGCGAGAUUGAACUCCAACUGCAGUGGAUUGAUAUCCCUGGUUCAAGGGGGCUGCAUUAAUUAAGUUGCUCUAAUUCCCUGGGUCAGCUUUUUGUGCACAAAAAGGACCGUCGGCCCGCCCAGGCUUUCUGUAAUCGAUCAAACAGCGGAAAUGACCGCUAGCAUGUCUCCUCAUCAUUCUCGACUGCAGAAAGGAUAUAUGAUAUACUUUUUCUCCAGCUAUGCAUGCAUAUUAUAUUGAUCAUAUAUAAAAUUCAACAAGAUUGAUUAGAAUGGAUGA